GGAGUUCGCAGCGUCUCUGAGGAAGCGGUGAGACGAGCGUCGCCUCUCCUGAGGAGUCUGCAGCCCCAAAUCGAACUGGCCAACAGUUUAGCUCUUACUGGUCUGGACAGUCUGGAAAGGAACUUCCCCAUCCUGAACCAGUCCACAGAUGAGGUGAUGACUCACUUGAAGGACGCCAUCUUCUUGACUCUGGAUGAUGUCCAGCUUCUUGUGGUGGACGGCCUGGAUGGAGCUCUGGAUCAGCUGGAGCGAGCGGCCGACGCGGUUCGGAUGGCCGUACGGCAGCUGCAGGAAUCCCAGGUGGGCCAAGCGGCCACGGCGGGCCUGGACAACAUCCUGAGUCUUCUGGAGGACACCACCGCCUACUACCUCCCCCUCCCCCCUACACUGCGUCGUGAGUGGGAGAUGAGGGUUCAGGAGUACGAAGAUGAAGAUGAUGGUGAUGAGCCCAGCCUUUGGACCAGGGUGCGCAGCCUCCUGCUGACCCUCAGCCUGCAGCUCUACCACCGCAUGAUGAAGGUCAGGGAGCAGCUGCAGAGAUACGCCCGGACACUGGGGGGCGCUGCUGACCAGGUGGGUCUCACUCGGGUCCUAGAGAUAACGGGUCAGCUGCUGCAGUACCUCCAGAACCUGGUGGUGGCGCUGCUGUUCCAGGCAGAGAGUCUCAGAGAGGCCACCAUAAGGGGCGUGGUGGAGCGAGCCGCCAUGCUGGCUGAGCUGGGUCCGAUCCGACAGCUCCGAGAACUGCCGGUCCAGAUCCAGCAGGCGCUCCGAGACCUGCAGGAGCUCUCCAAGGUCCUCCUGCAGUUUGUGAUCAACACCACGCCGCUCUACAACAUGCUGGAACAGUCGACGCCUCAGGAGGUGGAGGACUUCCUGAACAAAGAGGAUUUUUCAGAGAGCUCAUCCCGUCGUAGCUCAGCUAGCAACCUCUUCCUAAAGGCCAUGGAUGGCCGUCCACGUCGCCGCCGCAGUCUUUACUCCCACGCCUUUACCGCCGGAGGCCCCCAAAGCCCUGACCCCCCCAACGGCCGCCGCUCCAGCACAAAAGAUUCGUCCAACCCCGAGACGGAUGGCACGGCCCACCCUUCCGAAGGCAACGCCCUCCGGCGACCAUCCGCCACCGAGCUGCUGCUCACGCCGCUCAAACAGUUCGUCGCACAAAGCCAGAAGGCCUUGGAGUACCUGAGCCCCAACUCCAGCGACGGCACCGCCACGAAAACAGACCACCCUUAAACACCCGGUUCGCCAUGACCCGCUCGCAGCGUCCAGGCCCGCCUCCUGAUCCGCCGAGGCCUCUCGCUGCAGCCCACGAUGACGAGACGCCUCUGCCUCAGCUGAUGCUGGUCUGUGCGUUCAUGCUGAACCGUAGGGGCGUCACCAAAUUAGCGCUCUGAUGCUGGAAAUCUGCUUUCCUCAAACCGUUGCACAUUUCAGACCAGUCCAAUGUACAGACAGACAGAAUAUCUUAUUAUAUAGUUUCCUUAGAGAUUAUGACCAAGUUCAUGCUCCUGUUAAAAUGCCACCUUUAUUAGAUAAAGGACCAACAAUGAUUAAAUAUUAUGAACUCAUUUUGACAACACAAAGGUUGGAAAGGCCAAUAUCUGGUUGAUUUAGUUCUAUGUUUGGAAAAUGAUGCAGAAAAAUGAAAAUCCCUUUUUAUCCUAAGCUUUCUAGGCAUUAAUAUCAUCAUCCCUGUUCAGGACAUAGAAGAUAUUUAUCUAAACAUUGAAGGUCCCCGAUCAUGACUAUGCCACCGCCGUGUUCUACUAUGUUAAGACGGUGUUGAAACCAGAAAAUAAAUAAUUCCACAGAUUCUGGAGGA